CACAUAUAUAUAUAUAUAUAUAUAUAUAGAUACAUACAUAUAUAUAUAUAUCCAGAGUUCGCUGUGGUUACUUCUACGUAUCAUUUUUGUACCGGUGCUUCAAACAGGCGUACCAGAAAGCAUUUGUUUUUUACGUAAAUAACGAUCCGCACAUAUUAAAGUAAACGAAUCUGUUUGUUUUUUUUCAACUAUUUCGAACCUCGAAAUACUGGGCAGUACGGCUAAGUAUUUUAAUUUCGUGCUGUAUGCUCUCCAAGGCACUAAACUGCUUAGAGUCGAAGGAGAUAGAGUCAUCGUUCUCGCACGAUGGUUAUUACAUAUCUUAAGAUAUAAGAGCUGAUGAGAUGCACCUGUUUAUGUACAAAGACUCAUGCUUCUCAGAACGGCGUAGUAAGCUAUUAUACAACACUAGCUCUAGAGUUAGUUUUGUAUAAUGAGAAGCAUGAGCCUUUUUACAUAACUGGUACACCCUACAGCUCUUUCCAUGUUUUACAUAUAACUUGCCGUAUAUUUUACAUCUACAUAAAGAAGUGUAUAAUCUGCAUAGCAUUUAUUUUUCUAUGAUAGUGAAGGCAAAUACCAGGUGAUGUAUUUAAUUUCUUUGCAUUAGCGACUAGGUCUUACCGUCUUUCUCCGUCUUACCGUGUUGUCACCGUCGUAUUGACUAGCAGUAAUAAUAAUGAUAAAAGUUUUUUUUUAUUUUGAGUAUAUAUAUUAUGUCGAGUAUCUAAAAUCUGCAGAAUCACUCUGCUGAAAGAACAGGCUGCGACCUUGAAGGUGCUAAUUUCUAUCUGGCAUGUGACAUAAGCAAAUCUGAAAUCUUAAUGCUUUUAAUGCUAUCGCUUAGUUGUAAAUAUUAGAAAGUAGCUCUCUCGAGGGUUCAAAUUGGGACAGAACUCUAGAAAGAAAUCAAACUAUAUUUCACAGUUUGAUUUCUUUCUAGAGUUAUUUUGUUUUUAUUUUUAUUAUUUUUUGUUAUUAAUUAUUAAUUUCUUUUGUAUUUAUUCGUUUUUGAACACGUUCAUAUAACAGCCAAAAAUAGUCGUCAAAGAAAGUGUCGACAGCCAAAAAUAAAAAUCGAAAUAGGAAAAUACGAUAAACUUAUAAAAAAAAACACUCUUUUUGGUAUUUGCAUUUUAAUUGGAAUUACCUCAUUGAUGUUAUUUGGUUAAAAACAAAAGGUUACAUGCUACUUAGAAAGGUAAACAAGAAAAAUCCGAAUUUCUAUCAUGGAAGCGUAUAUGUAUUAUGGAAAGAUAUAUACGCAAAUUCGGAACGUGUGAAUCUUCAUUUCUUAGAAUUUUCGAAAAAGUUUUUUUUAGAAGAAAAGUUAACGCACGAAACGCAUGAAAAAUAAACUGGUUUCGAGCGCCACUUGCAGGGCAGUCAUGAACAGAGCAGAUGUUUCGCAAUUGACUUUCGAUACCAAUGCAGCUUUUAUCAUAUGCCAUAGGUGCGCUGAUUUUACUGAAAUUUUACCGACAAGCACAGAUCUAAAAUGCCGGUUGAUACCGGGUGGUGCCUGUCGCGUACACAAAAGGUUAUUUCGCUUAUACAUAGACGGCCAAUUGUUUCCGUCAUAGCAAUGGUAUGAACUACCUAAUCGAGCCGUAAAACUCGACGCCAAUGGCAGCGUUAGUGCUUGCGCGUCGAAUUAGUCCAGCAUCCAGAAAACAUCGAAAAAAUGAAAAAUGCUGACGUUGCAGACUACAGUUUUAUGGACCCCAUACUGUAGGAAGGGUUCCUUCACAGCAAGCGGUUGUCACAUAGGAACAAUCUUAUUAUCAUAUGGUCGAAAUACACACCUUUCUCUGGCUGACAAGAGCCACGUGUUUUCGGUUCAGUCGCGACACGUAUACACGACAACUAUGAUUAAAUUAAGAACAACAAAAUACACGUUAUGCUUACCAAGUAACGUACUCUCAAAUAAAAGUAUGGUAAUCUCCACGUAAUUUUCGGUGGAAAUAAUAUAUAUAAUAUUUACAAUUACAUGUAGGGUAUCAUCAACAUUUCGCGCAACACACAGGCUACUUCAAAUGUUCUUCAUAAUGAUUUCAGUGAACUGUCGAAAUUGCUUAUGUUUCAGUGUCAGAUGGCGAUAUUCUUUACUGAUAGAUAAUCGCUUUUUUGUGUACAAACAAUUUUCCUCGCAAAUAGCCGAGCGCCGGCAGUUUCACUUACUCCAGCGGAGUAAACCAGGUUACGAGAAAGAAGUUUCAUCCGAAUUAGAUAGCGUUCUUUUGAAACGAAAAAUGAGUAAUGAAAUAACCGAAUGAGUAUAGCCUAUAUAGAGACCAAAAUCCGAUCGGUUACCAUUAGAAUAGCAUGUAACCGACUCUUCCCCAUUCACAAUGGUACGAUUAAUAAUGUUACCUUCGAUGCUCUAUAAGACGUAUCUGGUUACAAAAGAGGACACUUUUAAAGCGUUUAUCUUUCUCUAAAGUUGUGAACAACAUGAAUAAUGAACAAGCACUCUGUUAAGCCGCGCAGGUAGAAGGUAGUUCAAUGGGUGUGGCAUAAAGUUAAUUACUCUUGACUCGCUUUGUCAAAAACUCAGAUUUUUCAUCUUCAGUGCUUUCGCUGCAAUUUCAUGAUACGUGCUUUAAGUAACCAUAUAUUGAUUACCUUAUUAUCCACGCUCGUGAUUGUUUUGUACCGAAAACUUUCGUGAUCACAGCAACCCUUUCCUUUUCGAGGCACCGAGGUAUCGCUCUUUGCGCUAUGUCUACUUUUAUUCUUGAAAUAAUAUCGCCACCACCUAGUCGUUGUUUUGAUUAAAGCUUCUUUGCUCAGUGGUUUUAUUCAUUACAGAUAUAUCUGCCAGCAUUUCUAUGCUUGAGAAAGAAAAUAAAAGGCACUGGGUUUAGAUUUUUAGCACUAAAGGGUAUGUCUGCAUCUAAGCGCAUUGUUAUUGGAUGUUACUAACUUACCACUUAUAUAGCCAAAGACCCACCAUUACUAUUUAUCAAAUAUGAUUCGCGUUGAUUCUGAAGUUGCUCAAAUUUUUCGACCUGUUAGAUAGUUCCGACUACGCGCGAAUGAAAAUAAGUACUCUGUUGUAACGGUGACGCUAAAAAAUAGGGUUUGUUAUUAUAGCCUUGCUCCAUACGCAAUUUGUACUUAAAAGGAUGCUUCUGAGAAAAUUCUAAGCUUGUCGACAUAACCAAAAUGAAAAUAAUUUUUUUAUUCCGUUUCUUCGAAGUAAAUUUUUGGUUAGAAAAUGCUUAGUUGUUAGACUGUUACAAUAAACCUAGCUAAACGUAGUGAUAGUUUCAGUGGUAUUAGUCUACGGAUCAGGAUUUCUUAGUACAGCUAAAUGGGCUGUUUAUUUUGUAAAACACAAAGAACCAUUCGGCUAAUCCUCUUAUUGAGUUACGAGUACCCUUCAGAUAAAGCCAGUCAUUAGCGAAGGGUCUUUUCGCCUUUCCGAUAUUGGACGAGAUGGCUGUAUGCUCGAUGAUACCCGUACCACAGAGCAAAUGUGAAACGAGCAACAAAUGUCGACUGAUACUGUUUUAGCUAAACGUAAAAUUAAGGACAUAACAAGUUUCAUAAUACGAAAUCUAUGAUAUAUUAUUACAUUGUUUAUUCGCAAGUAAUUUCUAGCUAUUUCUGGCAUCUAUUCGAAUCACUAGGAGUUCGGCCAGAACUCUGCGCAAGUAUUGUUUGAUAAAUUAAUAAAUUGUCAUUUUUCAAACUGAUGGAACUUAACGUUUGACUACAAUAUAAAUAUAUCGAAAUUAAGACGUAUCGAUGCUACCGUCCAAAUGAGACUCCAGAAUAAAGACGCGUAAGAUGAAGAUUCAAGAACAAAACUGAAACUUCUCUUUAAAUUAAAUCAAGUUCUCAGUCCUGAAUCGAAUUUUGUGUUCUAUGGAUAAGAAGAGGUACACACGCUUUGAAACCAAAAAUAAAGUUGAAAUUUUAUAUCUCCAAUAUGUUUGUAUUUCCGUUCAAAUAUAAUUUCGUCGAAACCGAAAAAAAAAAUAUUGAACUACCACAUUCUUUUUUUUAUAUGUUUCAGUGUAACCUAAGCUGAAAUACUCGUAAUAUUUCCUGAGGAUCCAGUCAAAUCCGCCUAUUUAUUCUUCAAUGUUAAAUGAUUAAAACGAAUAAAACAGCUCAUAUAACUGUAAUUAGUUUGUACAACAUUAAGUUAGUGAGCGCGAGUUGCACAGUAUCAGACGAAUACGGCGCUAGUGAAGUCUUGUCCGCAUAAUGUUUACAAAUAUUUGCCAUUAUUGAAUCAUUGAUUAGUAGUUUAUUAAUGUCGAUUCGUAAAUGUUAUCUACAAAGGAAAGCGUCGCUUCCACUUAGUUGAUUAGCCCACAUUGAAAUCGAUGAAGUGGCAAAACUCGAUCUGUGUGCAAAAGGAUGUAUUUUCUUCCAGAAUUUGUUUCCUGAUUAUUUGGUUGUUUUUGUUAGAAAUGUAAACUAACGUACAAUGCUGGUAUAACGGACCGUUGUGUGUUAUAGCUCUAAUACUUUAACGCGAAGUUUGCACCUACAGCAACAAAUAGAACUGUCUCAGGCAGGUGGUUAGAAAGUUAACAAGUUUACUGCGAACAAAAGUAAAUCGAGUAUUCUGUUUUUGUCAUUGUAAUCACUGAAAAUCGAUUAAGAUAGAACUAUUGAAUCGCCAACAAUGGUCCAAAACUCUGACAAUCAAAUAAAAAUAAUAAAAUAAUAGAAAAAAAGGUACGAGUAUAACAGGACGCAAAAGGUCAUGCAAAUCAACAAAGCGGGUUAAUCGUGUCAUGAAACGACACGUCUAUAUACCCUAUUCGGGCUAUCAGACGUUUUCUGAAUGAACUGAUUAUACCAGUGGCUCUUGAUAUAUCUCGCUCUACCGCGUUCUUGGCGGCCACGGUCUCGAAUAUUUCUGCACAGUAACGGAGUUGUAUAAGCAAACCUUUAUUCCAUUUGCAUUUCGUUGCUUCUUGUUAUUAUUAUCAAAUAUUACUAGCGGCUACAUAUUUGCUUUUGCGAUUUUCCGUGUCAUUUAUUGCACAUUUCUUAAAGACUUUUCUCAUAUGGGCCAAACUAAUCACAUCACUAUUUCAGACUAGUUACACUUCAUCAAAAAACCACUCUCUAUUAUAAUCAUAUCGCUGCAUUAAGUACGUCUAUUGUUUGUCCCAUAUCAGAUCACUGCUUUGAAACUACCUACGAUAUUUUAAAGAGAUGCUGAUUCCGCAUGAGACAGUCUUCAUUCAUCAUAUCAUAUCAAACUAAUAGUUUUCAUUUUUGGCCAAUACGACCAUAGACGGUAAUUUCCAUAUUAACCAAUCAAAUCAACUAGCAAAUUCGUCUAAAUAUUAAUUUUUUAUCCAGUUUCGACAGGUUAGCGAGUUUUAGUGGGGGAGUCUAUGCGAAUUUAGUUAUAAAACGUUCAAAAUAGCGUUCAAAAUAAUACGGAUUCUGCCUCAUUUGCUAUUGGUUUAUUUACGUCUGCUCACUUAAACUCGUUCUUCGGAAGCUACUACGAAAUCUUUGACAGCCAUACAUAUUUUGUAAGUUUGGAAUAGUACGGGCAUUUUGGCGCCACUGGUUUAGUUCAAACGAGCAGUUCUGGGUUCUAAUGUUGAUCUUGCUGACUUAAGUCCUUGCUACCAUCGUUGACUAUAGUCAACUCGGCAACUCGCAGCCGCCAUCUUAAUUUCGACUCAUUCUGGCCGCGACGAAUGAGCGAGCCACAGUUACUGGCUGUGAAUUUAGUAUCUGAUCGAGGUGCGACAAGUUGAGUACGACGGACAGUGGUGAGUCCGUCACCUACUCGGCUCAGCACAAAUCUAGCCAUGUCGCUGACUGAAGUGGCGCAUCUGAGUCGUGAGCAGCUUCUCCAGCGUGAAAAACAGCUGCAAAGUCAACUCGCUCAACAGCGAGUUCGGCCAUCUGCGCCUUUGGCGCCAUCUGCUGCUGCUCUUCGAUAUAAUCAUAGGGGACAGUCAUAUGGCGUUUACCGCAGCACGUUUCCAGUCCGCACUGGUGCCCCGCAACGUUCAAAGCUGAGCAAUGCAAUCAUCAGACAGCCUGUGCCAAACGCACACCACUCGCAUAAUCGUGUCUUUGUCCGGAAAAAGGAACUACCCACUAUAGAAGCAACUACAGUCGACAUCCCGAGUAUCACACAGAUUGCUCAAGGUCGACUUUCGCCAGCAGGCUCACUUGCGAGUGUCUCGAGUAGUGUGAGCUCAGUGAAGGAGGCUCAUGAUGAGCCGCCCUCGUCAACGAGUACGUCAUCGAUUCCCUCACCGCAAAGCUUGCCAGCAUCUUCCUCAUCCUCCUAUUCCAUAAUGGAUUCCGUUGUCGCGCAGAUAUCUCCGAUACAAACACCUACGCCGCCGGAUGAGGCGCCGAACUGGGCCCGGGUUGACACCAGACUAGUGAUUCCGCUUGGAGAUAACUCUUCAGAUGAUUCAGACGGGGAGGACAUGGCUGUCCAAGCCCACAGAGAAGCCCUCCACCGCAUCCUGCAUCCUGUUAAGGAGGUGAAACAGCCCCUGGCACAAGGAUCUCAGUCUAUCGUAUUCCGGACAGCAACUAAGCUUGUCAAGCAUGGCGCAUUGCACAGACCGUCGGCAACUGCUGUCGCCGCCCUAAAAGCUGCCGUCGUCGCAUCUCGCCACAGUAAAAUUGGCAGCUUAGAUAUGAAAUACAUUCUAACCAAUAGCAGUAAUAUUCAGAAAUCCAAGAAGUCGAACCAUCAUCAUAACAUUAGUCAUAGUAAUAAUAAAAGCAUUACCAACUGUACUCCUAAUUUUAUGAGCAGCAGCAAUAGUAAGAAGCACCCGACUAUCGUUGCUCGGAGUAGUCUGCAACCCAAAUUGUUGUCGUUAGCGUCGCCUUCUGCCUCGUCCACUGCUGCAUUGCCCCCAUAUUUUGCCACCGCAAGCGGCUCACCAGGCAAAGGGCUCCGUCAGGUGUCUAAGUUUAAGCUGACUACGAUUUCAAAUAGUCGAUCAUCCGAACUUAUUCCCGGUGGUAGUAUUAGCAGCAGUAACAGUAAACAAUCAGGCCUCAAGCGACACUCAGCAGCGCACGUUACUUCGGCAUUCGGCUUGCCGUCGGCUCAUCGACUUCUUAUCAAGGCGGCAAGUUCUCCGAGUUUGAAGAAACUACCAGUUCACCCAACGCGCUUUAAACUCACGCGGGAGAUCAAUUCUGCUAAUUCAACUUUGGGUGCGACCCGUUCCGGGGUCCAGGCUAGUGGCGUGUCUAUUCUUAGUGGACGUAUAGUUAAGAAAAGUUCUUUGCGACUACAAAAUCUUUUAAUGCUACGCGGUGUCCCGUUCCAGACUUCAAAGGGUGGCAAAGUUCUGAAACGGAUAAACACUAGUUUGCAUCGAAGGGGUCAAGCAGUAAGUGCUUCAAGCGUAGGCCUGCAACAAAGUUUUAGGCGUUUCAAGACAUCACGAAUGGCGUCAGGAACUGUGCGACAGGUUAUGGGAAAAGCCACAACGACGGAAAGCAUCGUUGGCCGUGCGGUAGCCAGUCACCUGGUGAGCCGAAGUAUCUUCGAAUUAAACAAUAAGAGGCGUCUUCAAGCUACACCCAGUCUAUCUAGCCAAGGAAAAGGCAAAGAAGCCAAGGAUUGCCUGUUCUACAUCCGUUUCGGGAAAUGCCACAAAGGAGAUGCUUGCAAGUUUACCCACGAUCCUUCUAAAGUGUCUAUAUGUACCCGUUUUCUCAAGGGCACAUGCAAAUCCACGACGUGCCCGUUUAGCCAUGAAGUUAGUGCGGACCGCAUGCCGUUGUGUUCCUAUUUUCAGCGGGGACAAUGCACGGCUCAAGCGUGCCCAUACCGGCACACUUAUUUCCGCAAAGAUGUGCCAUAUUGCCUCGACUUUCUUCAGUCAUUUUGUAUGAAGGGGGAAAAGUGUACGAAACAGCACGUACUCGUUUGUAUGGAUCCCGAAUGCAGUCGCGACCCGAAAAAAUGUCCAUUAAGGCACAAAAAAUCGAGGAGUAAAGACUGUUUCAGUGGCAAAACAACUCAACGCAGUCGCAAAAAGCGCAAAAAGGUUGUGCUAGUAGCGAAAGACGUGUCGAAAGAGGCGUGGCCGGAGUUCGUGACACUAACAGACGACCAAGACGCAAGUAGCGUUGGUGGUGAUCUAGUCGAUGAGGCGGACGAGGAGGUUCAAGUGGAGAUGCCAUCGCGAGCUCGGAGUCGUCGUCUAAAACGCUUCUUAGAACGUCGGGCUCGGCCAAUAUGGCCAGACUACAGUGUGCAACUUAGCGCUGUGCGUCUGGAUUCACGUCAGUUAACUCGAAUGCCUGGUCAUAGAUUGCGUCAGCUAACGAAGAAAGCCCGCUGGAUGAGGCGAGUCCCACGACCGAUACGCAUUCCCGGAGAAUUUAUCCCGCUGAUAGUCAGCGACGAUCGGGCGUGUAAUAAUGAGGAUGGUGUCUGUCUUAAAACAGACAUGAGCACUUCGCUCCGCUCCGAGGAGAAGCCCCUGAGCCGAGACCACUGGUCAGAAGUUUCGGAUGUUGAGGUAAGCGUAACGGAAGACGAUAUGUUGUUGGAACUCACUUACGGCGAUGCAAUAAACCUCGCGAGAAAAAGGGAGAACAGCAUUGCUAGCGAACUUUCCGUGUCAUCAUACACGUCACCGGAGUCCGAUUAUUCUUCGAACGAUGAAAGUUCGGCUGAUGCUGAUAAUGGAGCUAAUAAGCAGUAUGAAGAAAAGGAUUGGCUCUUGGAGUAUCUAUAUAGUUUGGAGAAGUCUCCGUCGCCCUCGCCGGAGCCCGAACGGCUGGACAAUUAUGGGCCGAUAUACGAGCACUGGGAGUUCCAAAUUGGUGAUAAGAUUAGAAAGGCUAUUUAUCGAUAUAGGCGGCGCAAGAGACGGCAUAUAAGAAGGGAAGAACGAAAACGAGGGGUUUCUGCUAGCGCAAUUGCGAAGAAACGUGAGUUGAUUGCCGAGGAUUAUAUUCCAUUGUGGACUCAGGAAGAAGGCGAAAUUUUAUCCGAAGAUGAAGUUGAGGGAGUGGAUCUCGAUGUGGUCGAUAUGGAGUUGGCCAGUGACGUCGAAGAGGGUGCUAGUACACAGGGUUUACUGAGGGGUUCGCCAAUAGGGGCGGAGGAGAUCUCAUCGGAUGAAGAGGGCUUGGCGAAUGCCAGUGAAGAUGAAGCAGUGAACGAAGGACGGUCCAGAUUGAAACAGGGUGCUGCAGUUCACAUCAAUGGAGCUGAAAUCAUUAGCGAUGUCGAGGACAUCAGUGACGUCGAGGAAGGGGAGGUAUUCUAGGGAUGGAUGCGGCCCACAUCCGACCGAGGAAGAAGAGGUUAGUGGCCUGAUUCCUGGCUUUUGGGAGUGAAAAAGAGAAUAACAAAGGUUUUCCACAGCUGAUGGUAAACCAUGUGGUGAUCAUGAAUCUGGCUGAGUCUACUAUGGAUGCAGUGUGCGCGCGUCAUGUAAAGUCGGAAAAGUGCGAGAAGGGCCUAGUAACGGAUAUUUCCUUGCAGGUUUCCUCUGGGCAGAAAUGCUGGACAUUUGGUUUCGGCAUUUCGUGUGCGCCGGCAAAAGCGACCCUAGGCUUGGUCUCGUAGAAGCUGAGCUUUGGGACGCUUUGACCGCCAUACGACCCAAGGUAAGUGUUUGUGUGAUUGAGUACCAUACUUGAGCGUUUGGUUGGAUGGUGACAGUGUUCUGUCUUGCUACACGCGCAGCCGCAGUGGUAAUUUAUUCCAGUCUUGGAUUUGUUCGACCUUGCAGAGUGUUGUUCUUACAUCUUCUUUACGAAAGUUCUCCCCAAAUUCACACUAGAAAUUUUCGAUGUUAUGAUUGGUACCACGUCUCGGCACCUGAAGAUAAAGGUACCGUUAAUUUAUUCUCUGGGAAAAUAAAGCAAGUGCAAUCAAGUACCCGUUAUCUCAGUUGUAAUAAACGAAUUGUAUUAUCACAUUCACUAUAAUUAUUCAUCUGUUAACACUGUCCUUUAUGUUCAAUCA